CAGUUUGCAGGGUGUGCAGGCAGUGGGCAGCCUCUCUCUCUCUCUCUCCCCUCCCUCCCUCCUUCUCUUUGUCCCGGCCCCCUGUCCCAGUGUCGAGGCCGGGGGAGGAGUUUAACAUUUUAAUGCAGCGUCUUUAACGCGCCCCCAUGUUUGAAUGAAGGCGCAAGAUGGCUGAAGCCCGAGGAAUGUGGUGCGUCCCCUGCCUGGCAUCGUUGGAGAUCCUACAGGAGCUGUGCCGGACGGAGGAGCUGACCUGCGCGGCGCUGGGGAUCGGGCGGGGCGAGCUGACGGAGUACGAGGUCGAAUAUCUGUGUGGAUUCAAGAAGGAGAAGGGUACGGCGUACUACCUGGUGAAGUGGAAGGGAUGGCCGGAAAGCACCAACACCUGGGAGCCUCGGAGGCACCUCCACUGCCUCGGGCUGAUCAAGCAGUUCCAGGAAGACCAGAGGGCGUUCCAUGUGCAGGUGAAGGCGGCCAGGAAGGUGAAGCUGAACCACUGCCGGGCCCGGGACCAAGGCAUGGCCUUCACCGAGUACGUGGUGAGGAAGUCUAUGCACAGGCUGGCCCUGAAAUGCUGGGAGGAGCAACUCAACAGGAAGAAGAACCACCAGGGGAAGAUCUUGGUGGAGAACGAGGUGGACUUCGAGCCUCCGCCCCUGGACUUCCACUACAUCAACCAGUACUUGCCGUCACGUGGGAUUAACCUGACCCGGGAACCGCUAGUUGGGUGCGAGUGCUCGGACUGUCUGGUGGAGAAGUGUUGCCCAGAGGAGGCAGGGGCAAAGUUUGCCUACAACGCCGAGCGCAAGCUGAGGAUCGCUCCGGGGAAGCCCAUCUUCGAGUGUAACUCGUGCUGCCGCUGUGGCCCGCUGUGUCCCAACCGUGUGGUGCAGAAAGGAACUCUCUAUGAUCUCUGCAUCUUCCGCACAUCCAACGGCAGAGGCUGGGGCAUCAAGACCCUGCAGAAGAUCAAGAAGAAUCGGUUCGUCAUGGAAUACGUGGGAGAGGUGAUCACCAGUGAGGAGGCGGAACGCCGCGGCCGAUUCUACGACAGUAAGGGCAUCACCUACCUGUUCGACCUGGACUACGUGGAGGAUGAAUAUACAGUGGACGCCGCGCGGUAUGGAAACAUAUCGCACUUUGUCAAUCACAGUUGUGAUCCCAACCUUCAGGUUUACAAUGUUUUUAUCGAUAGUUUGGACACACGUUUACCGAGGAUCGCUCUGUUCUCCACGCGCUCCAUCAAGAUUGGUGAAGAGCUGACGUUUGACUACCAGAUGAAGGGCUCGGGCGACGUCUCGAUCACCGAGACAUCAGAGACCAACGGGCCAAGUAAGAAGCAGCGCAGGAUGGAAUGCAAGUGCGGCUCAGCCUCGUGCAGAGGCUACAUGAACUAACCCGCCACAGCGAGGAUAGGAAGCCAAGCUUGGUGUUGGACCAGCGGGGGGUGUGUUCUCCAGAGGCCCAGAGAUUGGAGGCGUUGGUGAGAGGGGGACCUCUGUCAGAAGGUGACCACUCCACUUGGCCCCUGGACUGAAGGCAGCUUUCCUCUCGGGGAAGAAAAGUUUCCCCUUUUUAAUUGUUUGCUUUGGAUUUGGAUAAUUGCUAAUUGUUCCGUGACCUGGGUUGGGCCGACUUGCUGGGGCAGCUUUGUGUGUGUGUGUCCCUGCCCCCCCCCCCUCCCCCUCCCUCGCCCCCCGUGAAAUGUGACCUGUUUCAGCUGAACAUUCUCUCUGAUGUCACUGGUUCAGUUUGUCCUUCUGCCUUUCGAGUCUUCGAAGACCGUUUAGAUCUUCACUCUCUGGAGGCGACUGUCCAGGUGUGAUGAAUUGAGAAGUCAGCGUUCAGGCCGCUGUGUGGAACCUGCGGGUCACCUGUCAGGGCAGCAUUCUGUCCUCUCCAGGUGAGAUUGUGCAAGUAACACUGGCCGCCAAAUCUCAAGACGCAUUGUUAACGGACAAAGGUGUAUGUUUGCCUAAGGAUUAGAGUCAAAUAAUUCACACCACCCCUUAAUCUCCAGGCAAUAACAAGGCUCGCGUUUUGACCUCUCAGGUGCUCGAGAGGAAGGAUUUUGCCCCCACAGUGUGAGCGGAACAAUUAAACGCACCCAAUUAAGAUUAGAACCACAAAUGUAAUUCUUAAUAUUCAGCCUCAGACUAACCUUUUGCCAGCUUGCUUCAACGAUCGGUAUCGGACGACCGCCACACCUUCUGUUGUGUCUUUCAGGAAAUAUUCACGGACUGUUUUAAAAUUCGAGCAUUGCUGGCGAUAUCGUGUCGUGCGCUGAUUGCAGAGCUUGUUGUAUCUCACCGCAGCCCGACAACUGGAGGGCUUGUUGCGAGCAGCUGAUUUGAGACACAAUGACUUCUUCCAACAGCAAUACCUCUUCACGUUUUAAGAAGAGAGGGAUUUUUAACGUUGACAAGACUAGGCCUUUUGCUUUCUUAAACCUUGUCUGCAAGUCUCAGGAUUUCGGGUUAAACGUACAGCUAGAACAGAUCACUAGAUCUCCCAUGGAAGUUUGUUUCUACCAACAGUUUUUGACAUGAAAGACGACUCCAUUUUCUUCUUUGGAAAUUUCUAUUUUUGUAUUUGCUUUCUUGUUUCCUUAUAACAAAAAUCGCCGCACUCUUGUGCUUUGGGGAGCGCUCUCUUUAGAAAAACAGCAGAGAUGUCGAGUUUGCAGCUCGAGUUGAAAUGAACGGUGGAGACAGUGGCAACGCUAUGUUGUCGGCUGCAACUUUUGGUGCUAAACGGGUCGCACACUGAACCGACCGACUGCGCGCGUGUGUGAGUGUGUGCGUGCGUGUGUGCGUGAGCUCAGCUCACCGAGUGUCUCCAGGGGAGAUGUUCAACAAUGGUUCUCCACGGACACUUGAAGAUGCCAAAUGGAACAUCUACCAGCUGUGUCACCCCUCUCCUUGGUCAAGUGGGUAUCUCAUGUUGAACCAAGGGGAGGGGGACAUUUUGUGUCUGGGGUGUAGGAACAUCUCCAACCAUGGCCUGGACCACCCAUUGCUUUGAGGUCACGAGACCUCGGUGUGGAGAAAAUAAGGUUGCAUUCAGUUAUUUUUUUGUAGUAGGAUUGUUUCGAGUCUUGUAUACCUCUUUAUACUGAGCUGUGAAUUGCAAAUUGGUGUAGAGUGUUUGCUUAAAGGAAUGGUUCUGCAAUGGUCUCUUGUUGAUCUUCACCAACACAUGGAGAUACCAGGAGCUGCAGAUGCUGGUUUACAAAAUAAAGACACACUGUUUUAAGGCA